CCUGCUUCUGCCUAGAUGUUGUAAUGAGUGAAAACUGUGUGUUGGGUUGACCAUUUACAUAGAAGCAUCUAGUCAGGUCCAGCAGUUCCAACCAUGAACUAAAGUAUGAUCAUCAAAGGCAAAAUUAAUCAGAACCACACCAUUGCAUGGCAUUGAUCAAUAGCUCCAACACUGCCGUCUCUUACUCUCCACAUCCUCCCCGUAUCAAAGAGACUGUUUGGAUUCUUGCAGUGAUGCGGCUGAUGCCUCUUAUUCCCUCCGCGGUGUCUUCAAUCAAAAGUAAGCAUUCAAAUGUCAAAGUAGCAUUGAGCUUAGGAGGGAACACGGCGGGAGGUGUCGAAGUCCUUUUCCACCCUUCCUCAAUAGAUUCAUGGGUUUCCAAUGCUGUUUCUUCUCUUACGCAUAUCAUCAAACAGUAUAACUUGGAUGGAAUCGACAUCGACUACGAGCACUUCGGUGCUACACCUGAAAUCUUUGCCGAGUGUAUUGGGCAAGUAAUAACAAUUCUCAAGAAAAAUAGAGUCAUCUCAUUUGCUUCCAUAGCUCCAUUCGAUGAUGAUCAAGUUCAAGCCCAUUAUUUGGUUCUGUGGAAGAGCUAUGGCCGCCUCAUAGACUACGUCAAUUUUCAGUACUACGCAUAUGAUCAGGGAACCACUGUAGCUCAAUUCAUCAGUUUCUUCAAGACCCAGAGUAGAAAUUACAACGGUGGUAAGGUCCUAGUGAGCUUUACAAGUGAGGAAAAUGGCGGAUUAUCACCUGAAAAUGGCUUCUUUACUGCCUGCAAUAUGCUCAAGAAGCAGCAACAACUUCAUGGCAUCUUUGUCUGGUCGGCAGAUGACUCUAAAGGCCGGAGGAUUCCGCUUCGAGAAGCAAUCUCAAACACUGUUAGCAACAUCCAAGUAGGACUUUGA